GGGAUCCACAAGACGAUUCUCGUUCUCGCGGCUUCAUUACACUCUUUGCGCUUCCUUUGCGCUUCCCAAGCAGGCUCCUUGGGGAACGCAACGCGCCACUGCCUUUUGAUAUAAUCUCGACUUCCGCGUCAAUCAUCCUGGUGGGUAUCUUUGAAGACACAGCGCAAGCUUCAGAGGCAGGCAAUCUUCCCCGACUGGCUUGUGAGCGCUUCCUGGUGACCUUUUCGAACAAUAAGAUCUAUCAUCGUUUCACCUCUGUUCCUUACCUAGAAUACUCCUCGAUCACCCAUCUGACGACCAUAAAUUGUGCUUGACGGCUGUUGGGAUAGCACUCCCACGCCACCAAUUAACCAGCCUGCAUCUCCCCCAGGGCGAAGUCCAGAAUUGGGAGCCGAGGUGACCCCUGGGGAUUGCCAACUGUUCACCCCACGAAAGUCCCCUGGGAAGACCCCGACCAAGCCGGGGUUGAUUGGUGCAAACUGAUUGGAAGCGCCACCAAAAUUUCCAUCGUUCACCUCGCCCACCACCCCUCUUGGGACAGGCGGAAAUGCAUGCCCCGGCCUGAAAUCGAUGGCCGUGGGCCGUCCAACGCCAAUGUCCUCCAUUUCUCGCCCUCGCCAGGUCAGCAAAACGUCCUCGCGCUUCGAAACAAAUUUGUCACUACCACGAGGAUCUUCUACGACGCGGACGUCUCUGAAGAUUGAGAACGUUGUGUGAGUGCGACGUUCUUCCCUGCGGACCAUGAAGAUGGCACCAACCCACCACAGUGCGGACAGCACGAUAACGGCACAACCGACAGUGGGGACAAGGAACCAUGGUAGAGAGAUACUGUCAAUCACAGGCGUCAACAUGUCUUCAGGAUUAUCUCUUGAUGACGAACUGCCGUCUGGCUUGACCCACGAUGUGACCACCGGGAACAGAUUCCCAACGAGAUAAAUGACGGAGGUACAGACACUGAGCCACGGCUUGAUGUUGGGCGUCUUUCGCCGCCAGUCUCGGUGCUUUCGGAAUCUUAGGGAGAGCAGUCCCACUGCCAGAAGACUGCCAAAACAGGCGUUGAGGACGUACGCGGUGGUGCCAGUCAAAAUCAAAUACGUGUGUUGGGGUGUUGCCCCGUAGGUGGCCAAUAUCAAGAUUGUGCAGGUCAAGAAAUGCAGCACAAACGCGCCCACCGGGGUUGGCUCCGUGUGGUGCUCGGGAGCGAGGCAACGCAGUUGUAGUAGACCUGCAAAGGGACGACUGAUGGCGGGGGUCCUACGUGCCCAUCUGAGCAUUCGGCCAAACGAGAAGUCCACAUCGAGAGCCCAGAAUUUCGGCCAUGGGAGCAGCCCCUCCUUCCCAAUCUCCUGUUUAACACGGGCUGCAGUGUAUGUCAUGACGAUGAUAUUCCCCAGGCUGGAAAUGGCUAGGAAAGUGCUGAAAACCCGUCUCCCCGUUUCGGAGUCCGCGUUAGGGGAGAUGGCGCCAUACGUGAGGUCAAAGAAUGAUUCCACCACAAUGCCGUCGUGGAUCUGCAUUUCCUUUGGAACAACCGCCAUCUGUCAACGUGAAAUCCGUCAGUCUAUUCUUUGGGGGCGAUUGAAAGCCGAGAACUCACGUAGCUCACGUUGACUGCGAUAUAAAGGAUGCAGACAAUGCUCAAAGCUAGAACCAUGGCGAUUGGAAAAGUCCGAUGCGGAUUCCUGAUCUCUCCUAGGACAUACUACCAGUUGUGCGACGUCAGUACAUCGUCGGGAUCUCUCAGCUUGUGGCGCCUUCGGUGCGUCACUGUAGCCUCAGAAGGAGAACUGCACUCACAUUCGGUUGCUCAAAACCUCCGAAAGCGAAAAUGAUGGAGAGGAACGCUUGGGCAUAACCAUUCGCGCCAGACGACGAGCCACUAAAGACGUGCGAAGGUGAGAGGUUUUCUGACAAGGUCUGACUUCCGUGGGAAUCAGGAAAUGCGCGAGCGCAGUAGCAGAUUGCUGUUACAAUGAUGAAGAGCAUCAUACAGAGCUUGACCAUGGCAAACAGAGUGCUGAGCAUGAUACCACCUUUUCGCGAGAAGCCGUGGAUGAAGCAGGCCGCAAGAGACACAAAGAUGGCGACGGCGCGGAUCGAGCCGUUGUUCGGGUUCUCGAUGCCAGACGCUUCAAAUAUACGGAUGGCAAAGACGACCGCAUUUCCUGCCAUGUUACCGAGGAUGAUGAAUGAAAUACUAAACAUCGAAGCAACGAAUGGAAGUGUGUCAGGGCCGUGUGCUGGCUUCCGAUAAGUAUAUUUGAACUGCGAAAAGAUCGCCACCUGAUCUCGGCACGGCGAAUUCAUUGUUGCCCCUCUCCUCAAUCCGUUUCCGAGGCACAUUGAGACCAUAUUCAAUGUAGACGUGCAUUCCAGACAGAGCAUAAACAAUGCCGGCGAGCCACAGGAGCAGGGUGCUGCCAGUGCUCUGGGUGUUCGCGAUGACCCGGCUCGGUGUUUGGAAAAUUCCAGUACCUGACGAAGGGAUCAGCUCCUGGAACCUAGAGGGGUUUCUCGUCAGGUGAACUCACCAAUCAUCCUGUUGAUUAUGAGGCCCAUAACAGCGACAUAUCCCAGCUUGAACGGGGGCUCUGGUGCCCAAGUUACAAGUCUUCUGGGGUCUCCAUUCUCUGAGAAUAAACUAUCCACGUCGUGAAGAUCAAUCUGCUGCGACCGAGCGUGAUCAAAAGGAGCGGCAGGGCUUGAAGCACUGUCUACGGAAUGCAAUUGAGCGUUAUCCAUAGCAGAGAUAGAAUUUACAACACUUUCUGGAGAGGGGAUCCAGAGAAUCAGAACACAAAGGCAAGAAAUGUCAUCUUUGAAAUCUGUCGCGAGGAUGGCACAACCCUCUCCCAUCUCGCAAAGGUGCGGCUGAUGGUCAUCGAGUCCAUGUCAAUCUGCUCUCCGGUCGCCUUGCCAAGGGAGGCAUUGCCUUGCAAGCGCACGCUGCCUUCGUCGCCUUAGCAAGCCUCACCGCUAGACUGUGUUGUGGCUGUCAUAGUGAACAGCUGUCAUUGGAUGAAGUUGCUCGGUACUGGCGAAAAUGUAAGAACCAAGAUAUGCCAACAACAUUCAGAAGCGAUAAGGGGGGUACCACAGCCUGAUCGAGCACCACGACGUUGAUGAAGGAAGAUGUUGCAACAUGUUGGAUAAGAAAGGUACCAUAAAUAUGACCAGUAGCGCCGAGCUACUAGAGAUUUCUCUUUUAGCCUGCCUACGACGUCCAACACAGGCAUAGACAACACGCUGCCCACUCCAGAUAGCCAAAAGAAAAUCAAUCUUUCCUUUUGGAUAGCUAUUCGACUCACUCAUCAUUUACGUACUCUUAGGGCAAGUAUGAUUCAGCUCGGUGACAUCAUUCAGGUUAGCAAGACGGCGUGGGAAAUCUAUAGCAUGGGCUGGUUGGGGACAUCCUCCGCUGGUAAGUCGAAAGAAACCCUUCACGAGAGCUUUUCAUGCCUUUUCUUGCUGCUCAUGGACUUGUAGCAACACAGUAUGCGCAAUUUGGAAGGGCUUUCUUUGGUCUCGCAGAUAGCUUGAACUACUUGGUUCAGGAAUUGAAGGAUGCCUACCAACAUGCCACACAGCAAUCCCGUGGAGAUUUUACUGCUUUGGACGAGAUCAUUGGAGACUACUGGAGAACCAUAAUAGACUGUAAAGCACUUUACGAGAAGAACCGUCUAUAUGGCAUGCGCAGCGGUCCGCUGGCAAACAUCGAAUGGAAUCUCGUGAUUCAGCCGGAGGCGGCUGCUCUACAACAGAGACUCUUGUUGCAGCAAACCAAAAUUCAAAUCAUCGUAGAACCUUUGAGACUUGAUCUACUUCGUCAGAUCCUUACCGGAGUUCAUCAAGUCCAAGAUACGGUCAAUGAUGUCUACGCACUCGUCCAGCGUUUGGUCGAUCAAGGGGCGACAGAACAGCAACAACAGCUCCAGCUCCUUUGGUCAUGCCCUGUUGAGAUUGCCCAAAGGUUUCACGCGGCCGCUCAAGGAGGGACUGAAUCUCAGACGGGUGUAGCAAUCCGACCAUUGUCAGAAGCCACCGAUGCCUUUCUCUAUCAUUUUGAAAGGUCGACCAGAGACGCCGGGUCUCCAGACAGAGAGCACUUGAGUCUUUUGAAGUGUGUGUGGCUAAUAGAACAGAUCGAGGGCCAUGCAGACCUUGGACAUGCCGCCAACAGGUUCUACUGGAGGUCGUACGUAAGAGGUCUUAAGCUGAGACUCUCCCAGGAUUGCAGGAGAUUCAAUUCUGACCACGGUUCUGACCACCUGGCUCUCACUGCAAGCGUACGGCCAUGGCCAGACUCGGAGUUCUUCAUCUGGCCCCCAAUCAUCCUGGGGCCGCUUCUUCCUCCCAUUGUUACGUUUCCAGAUCUCAUAAUGGAGGAAAUCCUCGUUGCCGAGUUGGCGAGGCCAAGGCCUUCGCUUGAUCGACGUCUUCGCCUUCUACGCGGGCCGAACGGCAAGAUGCGUAUGGUCAUAUCAGCGGUAGAAAGAAUUGGCGAAGAAGAAAGAAGUGACAGUCAGACAUUGAAUUUCAAUCUCGAGGUGGCCGAACUAGUUCCAUUGUUCGCCAUUUGCUUGGACGGAGGUCUGCCAAAAUGUAUUCUCAGAACGGAAUGGGAUCAGGCAGAGCUAGAAUUCAGAUCUAUAAGGGAGGUUUUGAAGUUUCAGAGUGCCAUGACCGGCUACGAGGUCUACAAGGAUUACUCAAAGCAAGUGGAGAAACUCGGGCUUUUCCUGACAACGGGGACCCUGUUCGAAGUUGGUGCAGCUCAUAUUCAGCUUUGGGUUCCACGGGCUUCUGAAAGGCCACCUAAGACGGCUUCGACUCCUGGCUCGGAUUCUGCUUCGCCGCGAGCGUCUUUCGGGCCAGACUCUUCUUCCCAGAGCUCUUUGCGUUCUCGAGACAGCACCUUCAGUCUCGAAGGCCCUCGUCGCGGAUCAGCUGCGACGUCUACUCAGUCUAUGUCAGCUGUUCAACCGACGCUUUCAGCAAAAGCUCAAAAGGCAAAGGAACCAGCCCGCGUUCCUAGCGAGAGGGUUACCUUGGAAGAAGGACCCCAACCGCCGUUGCUCGUUUUAUUCCUCACUGCUAUCACCCCCCACCAAAUAACGGGAUUCGACCCUAGCACUGCGCCUGGUGGCGCUGGAAUCAAAGAGGCAUUGUGGUCUUCCCGCGAAGAGGAUCAGCGUCGAAGACCUGAGCUCAUGGGAUCUGAUGCGCUGGCGGACCUCAACCCAGGCGUUUUCUCACAAUACGUCGCGCCUACCGUCUCAGAACGGACAGCCACAGAUAUUCUCUCACCUCCACAGGGUCACUCUCUAUUUCCGCGACCCGCAUUCAAGACGUGA